AUGCACCUGUUUGAUUGGAUUGUUGCUUUUCUGUUGGACAAGUUUUCAAAUCGCAACCUGGCCCAAGAUGAACCCAAGAAGAACCAUCUGCGUUUGCUUAACCUUCUAACUCCAAUACUCACGCUUGUUUCUCAAAUCCUCUAUGCGUGGGAUAAUGCGCAACACUGGACAGUCUUGGUUCCGAUCAUGAAAAGCACAACUACUGUUUGCACUGCUGCAUUGGUAUUCAAGAUUCCUUUGGCCAUGACGCUCACAUGCGUAUUCGUGGGCCGAUGGCUGAAAAGCGGGGCUGGGCCCAGAGCAUGGAUGAGGACGAACAGUUCAGUCGCCACGCCGGUGGUCACCCUGUCUGCGUGCACAGCUCCUGGUUCGCUGGAGGUGCUGACGUGCAGGGCUUUCGGCAUGCAGUGCUUUUCUGCCCCGAUGUCUUUUCUCGACAUAUCCUGGAUUCGCAGGGCCGCGUUUGCAGCAAAAGUUCUGGCCGAUCUUCCCCAGAUUGCUGCCACGACUGUGGCUGCUGUUUACACUGGUCGUCUAAGUCAAAAUGGAUUGCUCAGCGUCUGUUUCUCUGGAUUUUCCUUUCUGAACACUGCCGUUGACUUAGUGCUCCGAGGUGCAGCACCACCACCGCCAGAGGAAGACAGACUUCAAUCAGGUUUAGAGAGCCGACAGCAUUCAUUUUCACAGGCCAUUGAAGCCGACGACAUCGAGGUUGUUGAGACGUCGAGUGAGAUGCGUAGCUGA